CAUCAAUCACUUCGCUUUCGCCGCUUUUGUUGAUGUGAAGUAAAGAUUUUCUUUUCAUCCGCGUGGUUUUGAAACGUUUUUCGUGUAAUAUUUACUCCAAUUACAAAAGAAAAUUCAAUUAAAUUAAACUUAAUAGAACUACAAAUUCAAUAAAAUGGAAUUUCUCGAAUAUAAUGAUAUCUCAGCUGAAAUAAAAGGGAAUAUGGUACAAGGUAGAUUAAAGAUGACCGACCAAAAUAUAAUAUUCAAAAAUAGCAAAACUGGCAAAGUCGAACAGAUAUCGGCCAAUGACAUUGAGCUAGUAAAUUUUCAGAAGUUAGUCGGUUCCUGGGGGUUGAGAGUAUUUAUGAAGAACGGCACAUUGCACAGAUACGGCGGCUUCAAGGAAGGCGAACAAGAAAAAGUAGCAAAAUUCUUCAAAACAAACUACAGUAAGGAUAUGUUGGAGAAGGAACUGUCACUGAAGGGCUGGAAUUGGGGCACGGCCAAGUUCAAUGGCGCCGUUCUUAGCUUCAAUGUGGGCUCGAACACGGCAUUCGAAAUCCCCCUGCAUUAUGUGUCUCAGUGCAAUACUGGCAAAAAUGAAGUCACUUUAGAGUUCCAUCAGAAUGAUGAUACACCAGUUUCUUUAAUGGAGAUGCGUUUCCACAUCCCAACCAACGAGCUAGCGGGCGACAUGGAUGCUGUGGAGGCUUUCCAUCAGCAGGUCAUGAACAAGGCCAGCGUCAUUUCUGUCUCCGGGGAUGCUAUUGCUAUCUUCAGGGAGCUGCAGUGUCUUACUCCCCGUGGUCGCUACGACAUCAAAGUGUUCCAAACAUUCUUCCAACUCCACGGUAAAACAUUCGACUACAAGAUCCCGAUGUCGACCGUACUCCGUCUGUUCCUGCUGCCUCACAAGGACACGCGGCAGAUGUUUUUUGUGGUGUCCCUGGAUCCACCCAUCAAGCAGGGCCAGACCAGAUACCAUUACUUGGUGCUGUUGUUCGGCAUUGAAGAGGAGACCAGCUUAGAACUGCCUUUCACUGAAGAAGAGUUGAAAGAUAAAUACGAUGGUAAAAUAUCCAAGGAGCUGUCAGGACCUACAUACGAGGUGCUGGCGAAGAUUAUGAAAGUCAUCAUAAAUAGGAGAGUCACAGGGCCCGGAGACUUCUUAGGACACCACAAGACGCCGGCGAUCGCGUGCUCGUACAAGGCGGCGGCGGGCUACCUGUACCCGCUGGAGAAGGGCUUCAUCUACGUGCACAAGCCGCCCGUGCACAUCCGCUUCGAGGAGAUCGCCUCCGUCAACUUCGCGCGCGGCGGCGCCUCCUCCACCAAAUCGUUCGACUUCGAGAUCGAGCUGAAGCAGGGCAGCAUCCACACGUUCAGCAGCAUCGAGAAGGGCGAGUACGACAAGCUCUUCGACUACAUCACCUCCAAGAAGCUGCACGUCAAGAACACCGGCAAGAACGACAAGGCGCUGUACGACGACGACUUCGGCGACUCGGACACGGAGAAGGAGCCCGACGCGUACCUGGAGCGCGUGAAGGCGGAGGCCAAGGAGCGGCAGUCCUCCUCCGACGACAGCACCGACGAGGACUUCAACCCCGACAAGGCCCGCGAGAGCGACGUCGCUGAGGAAUACGACACAAAUCCAUCGUCAUCCGAAGACUCCGACGCGUCAGGCGCAUCCGGCGACAGCAAAAAGGAGAAGAAGAAAGAGAAGAAACCCAAAAAGACUAUCACCAUCUCGGAAGCGCCGCGCAAACGCAAGGAGAAAUCGAAGAAGCGUGAAAAAGACACGAAUGCACCCAAACGACCCGCCACAGCCUUCAUGUUGUGGCUGAACGAGAACCGCAAGGACAUAGUGGACGACAACCCCGGCAUCAAGGUCACGGAGAUCGCCAAGAGGGGCGGCGAGCUGUGGAGGGAGCUCAAGGACAAGUCGGAAUGGGAAGAGAAAGCCAACAAAGCUAAAGAGGAAUACAACAUAGCUAUGAAGAAAUACAAAGACAGCGGCGCCGCGGACGAGUUUAAGCAGAAGAAGAAAGCCGCGGAGAAGGAACGGAAAGCCUCGGAGAAGAAAAAGAACGCGCCCGCCAGCAAGAAGGCGAAGGCGAGUGUCGCGGGCGCCGGCAGCGGCGGCAAGUUCACCAGCAAGGAGUACGUCGACGACGACUCCAGCUCCGACUCCGACCGCGACAACAAGGAGAAGGAGAACAAGGACAGAAAGGAUACUAAAGAGAGUGCCAAAGACGCAAAGAAAUCAAAAUCGAAGAGUUCCUCGUCAGAAGCAGCUUCGUCCGGGGGGUCGGACGACAGCGGUAGUGGCAGCGAUUAAUUAGAAUUAACAUUUUAAAUAUAACUACUUAAUUUUGUAUACAAUGACAAAGAAAACUAUAGACGCGGGGUCAGCCUUCUACGGUAUACAAAGACAAAGAAUACUCUAGACGUGGAGUCAGUCGCAUGAGAUUGACUAUUCAAUUUAAUACGGGAUGGCAAAUCGAGGUAGGCUGUCCUUGUUAUAUGAGCCGGCACAUGAUGAGGACAAAAUGCAAACAUUAGUAUUACGAUCUUUUUCCUCAUCUGAGCGAUAUCCCGGUUUCCUCAUUAGCUGUUACGCAUUGGACCCCAGGCGUCGCUUAUUUUUGUCGAUCUUCGGCCGAAUAUAACAAUGUAUUUAGUUUUCUCUGUCUACGGUUGUAUUGUAAUCUCCAUCACGUUUCUAGGAAAACAUUUAUGUGGCUAAUUGAUACCAAAACUGGAUAUACAGCACUAUUGAUAGUCAAGUUCAUAAUAAAACCGCAUGUUAAUUAGUGUGUAUGUCAUUUUUGAAAUGUGAUAUUGAAAGAAAACAAAUUUUAAACAGGGGAGCCCAAGAGGGAAUUUAUAAAUAUAUUUGAGCGCAUCAUAUUAACAUAAUGUUAGGGUGUUUUGUAAAUUUUCGAAAUACCUAUCGAGAUGCUUACUAUAUGAACUUAUUUUCCCUACCAUCUAAUCUUUUUAUUAAAUACAAAGUCCCCAUGACACUCGAGUAACUACACAAAUAGCUUACAGGACCUACUGGGGAAAUUAAUUCUUUCUGUUUGUAUUAAUUCGAUUUACGCAUCAGCGCGGGAACGCUGCAGCUAAGUUUUUUUUAAAUGUCAUCAGCCGCCAUAACAGUAUUUUCAUUUUAGAAUAAAUAUAUCCAUGAAAAAUUCCCACGUGUGGGCGGAACCACACGCCAUAUUUUCGACCUCUUGUUAAAGCACAGUCACCAGCAUUUCAGUCAUCCAGAAACACAAUCUGCGAUAUUAAUUGCGAUUUGCUGUGUUGUUGACCGUAUGCCCUGCGUAUCAUAUAAACCGUGUAGAUCUGUUUUUUUUUAGAAUUUCACAAUUAUUUUGAUCAUUUGGUUAACAUAAUUCGUAAAUUAUAAUGUGAUAUUUAUAAUACUUCAUUCCCGUUAUGGCAGUAACAUUAAUUAUAGAAAUCAUCGUAAUCUAAAUCGUCAAUAUACUACAUUUUGUUAAAUUGUAAAUACUUAGUUGUUAGAUUUUUAAGGCUGGAGUUUCGCAAAAAUACCACGUUUACAUAAACACAAUAACUUUUGUUUAAAUAUUAUAUACAGUAUAAAAAAAGGGUUGAGACUGUACUAAGCCCAAUUUUCUAUUGGAACAAAAUCAAGAAGUAAUAUAGCCCUUUUGUGCCAAUCUUUAGAAUCAAAACCAGCCAUAUUGUUAUACUUAGCGUGCAUUAGUUUAAAAGUCAACGGAUUCUUAGUAAGGAUUACCUGCUAAAGGCGCCUGUAUUGUUUCAUAACAAUUGGCUUGUUUUUGCGAAAACCCAGGCCAAAAUUAUUUUUAAGAAAGACACAAAACAAAAGAUUUUUAAUACUUAUGUCCAAUUGUUCAUGCUUGAAAAAUAACCUGCCUCCAUGGCAAACUUUUUAAUAUAAUUCCAAGUCUUUAGAUAAGUGACUUAACAAGUAUGUUGAUAGUAAGUUUUUUAAGUGUUUUAUUAUAGAAUAUGUUUUGUAAA